UGAGUCGACUCACUGUUUGUCUAAUGUUGUGAUGAAAUGUCAAUACGUUUACAGCUAUUAAUACAAUGACUGACAAUAAUAUCAUUUGAUGUCACAAACCAUUUGAUCCAAUCAUUUGUUGGCAAAACGUUUUUAUGUCUACUCUUUUGCCAUUCAUUAUCAUUGGACACAAACACACAAUUUUGAUUAAGCAAUUGGUGGCCACAAUACAUAUCAAUCAAUUGUUGAUUAUUGGGUUCAAUGGCCGCACUUCUCAAGAAUCAAGUUCUUAAACAUCUAUCGAAGUUCACAAAGAACUUAUCGCCCGAUAAGCUGAACAUAAGUGCAAUAAAAGGCUGCUGUGAUGUCCAUAACAUUGAACUCAACGAAGAGGUUCUCAUGGAUUUGUUGGAACUUCCCGUUUGGAUGUCCUUAAGCCGAGCCUUUGUUAAUCACGUCUCGCUUAAGGUUCAAUGGAUGAAACUAAAGACUCUUCCGAUAUAUUUGGCAUUAGAUGAAGUGGUUGUUGAUAUCGAAACGGUUGAAGACUUCAGGAGUGAAAACACACGACUUAAUACAAAUCAUUCUUCUUAUAAUGAUUCGGGUAAAUAUGGUUUCGCUGACCGUGUUUUUGACGGAAUGACUGUUUCCAUCAAUUCAGUUGUCGUCACUUUUCGAUCCAAAGUUUUCAUCGCUAAUCUUCAAUUGUCGCGAUUAUUGGUUGAGAGCAGAGCUCCCAACUGGAAGCGUAAUAGUGACCUGAGAUUGACAAGAAUUAAAGAUCCAAAUAGAGGACAGAUAUUGAUAUUCAAACACUUGGAGUGGCAGACACUUAGAUUUGAGGCCAAAUCUGAGUCGAAUAUAGUUCAAACACCGCUGCGAUUAAUUGCAAACCAGGCCUCGUGUCGGAUCACAUUAAAGAAAAGACUGAGCGAUUGUGCACUUCUUGGUGCAAGACUUAUGGUUAUAUUUGAUGAUCUCCUAUGGGUUUUAACUGACGCUCAACUGUUAUCAGCUCUUCAUUUUGCCGAUUAUUUGGCUCAACUAAUCAAGAGAGCGCCGCGGACUAAGAAUUUUGUUGAUGAACUAGUCGUCAGUUCACAAUCGCCAACAUUUUCGUCGCUCAAAAACCUUAGCACACAAUCUGCCCAAACGGCUCAGUCAGCCAUCAGUAGACUCUUUAGUCAACACGAUAUCUUUGAAACAUCGCAUCAUAUAUUUGUCAGUCGUAUUGAAGUACAUUUAUGCGAUGAUUUGGAUCCAACCAAUGGUCGUUCACAACAUCCGAGUCUUAAAGAUGGCGGUGCUCUUCAAAUAACUAUUUCAAAACUUGUUAUCGAUUUAUAUCCAUAUCAGAAGGUUGUGGGCAAUCGUAAUCAUUGGAUUAGAUAUUCCGAUCCGUCUUCAAGUCGUCACCAUUGGAUUAGUGAACACUUGCAGUCAUUUGCAGAAAAGAGAGCAAAAACUAUAGCAAAUCUAAGUAUAAAUCAUGCGAAUCGACCGCAAACACGAUCGGCAUUGAAUCAGCUCAUGUCUCGAGUUAUUUUGAUUCGUUUAGCAGAUUAUUCAAUAAGUUGUGUCACAACUAAUACAACAACUAAACACAAACUUAUCGAUAAACUUAUUGCCACCGAUAAGUCAGCGCCACUUCCCGAUGAUAUGAUGGCAUUCUAUAUGGAAGUCAAUAGUUAUUAUUAUAUUGAUUCCAACGAAACAGUUCCCGAACCGACGGCUUUUGUUCAUUUGGCUCCACUGAAAAUCCAUUUUGAUCCGCUCACAGUCCUGUGGUUAAAUGCAUUUCACGCUAAUCUCCAUAAAGCAAUGGUCAAACUUCAAGAAAUGAUUCCCAAACAAGAAACGCAAAGAUUACUAACAAGAUUAGAGUGUCUGAUGCCUAUAAUUUCAAUCAAAUGUCCAGAAGAUUCAGAAUUUUCUUAUCUUGAAUUAAAAAGUGCUCGAAUUGUUGCCAUGAAUUGCGAAACCGAAAACAGUAGUUUCGCUGAAAUCGACCAAUUCAUGGAAAUGAUGGGAAGUUCUCCAUUCAUCUAUGAUCGACAAGCAUUUCCAUGGCUUGAAUCUGAUCCGAAGCCUGUGUCGGAAGAAUUUUUUACUAAUUUAACAAAAUUAAAAACAAAAGAGAAUGAAACAGACGUUUGGACGGUACGAAUGGAGCCGUUAUGGGUUGAGUUCAGAAAUAGAAAGAAUAAUAAAUUUCAACCCCUAUUAGAUCCCAUUCCUAUUACAUUGUGGGCGUUUGAAUCGCCUAUCAAUGACAACAAAAUAACAAUUAAUAAAUCAGAUCCCGAUCUGAGUCUAAUAUUAUGCAUUUCAUCGUUAAUUAAAGUACAGCUAAAUCACAGCCAAUAUUUAUUUUUGAUGAGAUUUUUAGAGCAAAUGAGUGAAUUUGGAGCUCAAAUGACUUCGGAUACAAUUCGUAUUCAAAAUAAAGACUCGAAUUCAUUAACGAAUAUAUUUAAAUGCAUUUCAUUGAUUACAACGAUUCCCAAUAUUGAAUUAGUUCUUAAAUUAGAUGAAGAAUUUCAAACCCAGAGAAGUAUUGGUGUUUCACCGCAACAAUCAGUUUUGGACUUUAGCUCUCCGAUAAUGAACGACAAAUCGUUAGACGAAAAUGAAAUCAAUAAACUAAUGAAUAAUAAUAAUUCAAACGACAAAUUAGUGGACACAUCUUAUGUGUCAAAAUCGCACAGCGAUUCUCUUUUAAGCGGUAGUUCCAACUUUGAUAUUAAUAAUAGUGUUAAUAACACAAAAUUAUCAAAAAACGAUUUUAUGCAAAAGGAUACGAUAGACAGCGCACAGUCGACUUCAUUGACUACAAUUCCCGCACACAUUAAACUUCACAAUACGUCAGUAAUUUCCUUCAAGAAGAAUAUUGCCGCCAAUUUAGAUACCGUUAGUUUCAAAAGUAACUCGACAUUCAAUGAGUCGGGUCUGGCCGACAGUUGUUCUUCACCUAUCGAUGACGACAAUCGAUCGAUUAGAAGUGAUUUAUCGGCAGAGAGCGACCAAUUCAUUGUUGUCGGGUUUGAAACCAUUUCUCAAGAAGAAGACGAAGACAUAUUCGGUAUGACUCGUGUGGAAACUGCCGAUGAGGUCAAAGAAGAUUCUAAUGUUGUUGACACUCCAUCUGAAGACUCUGAUGCCAAUAGUGCCUCACAUAAUACAUCACUAGACAACCCAAUUAGUGUUACAUUAAUUAAGAUAAACAUAUCAAACCUAAGUCUUGUUCAUCAGUCAAAAGGAUAUCAUUCAAAGAUUUGUUUGCGAGCCUCUGAUAUACUAUUAUCUGAAUUCAUUAAAAUGCCAUUUAAUGAUUACCAGACACUUAUCAAUCAAAGAGUUUCCAAUAAAAUUAAAAACAUUGCAAACCCUAAAACAUCUGAAGUGUUGAUUCGAUUGGAAUCAUACGCCAAACUUAACUCUAAGGAUGAAUUAGUCAGUGUUGUGGCCAAUGAUGUUGAUGUCGAGCUCCAUAUGGAUUCAGUUAUGCUUUUAAAUGAUUUUAUUACUGAUACAGAUAUGGUUUACGUACCACCGACUAACAUAUCAGUCAAUAAUGUUUGCGUCACUUUAGUUGAUGACAAAGUAAGUACACCACCGCUGGUUCUUAAUAUAGAAGAACUGUUCAUCGAAAGAGAUAAAAGCAAUCGAAUGAAGAUUUAUCCACUUUUCAAAAAUGCCAUAUCAGAUGUCAGCGCACAUACAAAACGACUGACAGUUCCUCAUUUGAAAUUAAGACAACGAAACGAUGAGACAAUUGAUUUAGAUUUAGAUAAACACAUGAUUUACAGUCACAACAAUGACUGUCGAGGCGAUGACAAGUCAGAUGUGUUGCAACAAGUUAUCAAUAGAAAUGAAAUUUUAUUACAGGAAAUACAGACAUUAAAACUAGAGAACAACCAAUUAAGUAAUAAACUCAAAGAUAUUACUCAAAGUCGACACUAAACUAAUUGUUUGGUUUUGCUUUUUCAAUGAAAUUUGUUUUAUUUUAUUUUUCUCUAAAUUUGCAAAACAGCUAUUUGUUUAAUAACUUAUUAAAUAUUUAUUUAAGUUUAUUUACUGACAAACUUGUAUGAAAACAAACCAAUUUGGUAGCAAUAGGUGUCAAAUUAUUUUUAUAUACAUAUAUAUAUACAGUCUAUUUUGUAACUUUAGUUAAUUUGUCAGAAACAGUACAUAUAAUCCAGGAUUUAUCCAAUAAUUUUUUUUAACAAUCAGUUUUCAAAUAAUAACUUAUAGCAUAUCAAAAAAUGAUUACAUUUUAAGACAUGCAAUUGAGGGUUGAUAUAAAUGUGAAUAAUAAUAAUAA